AAUAGUUAUUGUUUGUACGUUAAAGUGAUAGCAUUCAGUUCUUUUGUUUUAUUUUGAAUUUUGAAUAAUGUUAAAGGCAUUCAUAUUAGUGACAAUAAUAGCACUUUGUGUGUCAAAGAAAGUCUAUGAUGGAUAUAAAGUUUAUGACAUAAAAGUUAAAAAUCAGAACGAGUUAAAAUUACUUGAGAAUUUUGAAACAAAUGAAGUAGAAAAGCGAGAAUUGGAUUUUCUAUCGCUACAUAAUAAUGUUAAUGAUGUCGCUCGAGUUGUCGUGAAGCCGAGCGAACAGAAAUUUGUGGAAAAUUUCUUCAAGCAGAAUAAAUUGGAUUAUAAAGUUAGCAGCAAUAAUAUUCAGCACGCCAUAGACAAGGAAUAUGAAGAAUACCGAAUCCUCUCCCAAUCAAAAUCAGAUGAAGUUACUUUCGAUCGAUAUUAUCGCUAUGAAGAAAUUGAAAAAUUCCUCGACAAGCUUGAAGGAUCCAACAGUAAUGUAAAGGUAGAAAAUAUCGGAAAAUCAUUCGAGGGUCGUAACCUCAAAACUGUAACAAUUACAAAAGGCGAUGGAAAGUCAAGAAAUUCAGUUUUUAUCGACGGCGGAAUUCAUGCUCGUGAAUGGAUAGCACCAGCAAUGUCGCUCUAUUUGAUUGAUCAACUGAUGGAUUCACGAAGUAAUUUCUCAAAAUUAUUGGAUCAAAUGGAUUUUGUUAUUCAGCCUGUUGUCAAUCCUGAUGGAUAUGACUAUACAUUUAGAUUCUUCCGUUUAUGGAGAAAAACGAGAAGUUAUCAAAGACUUUUAAGCUGUCGUGGUGUUGAUGCCAAUAGAAAUUAUGAUUUUGAAUGGAGUUCAGCUGGUGCUUCAGACAAUGGAUGUGCAGACACUUACCAUGGAGCAAAACCGUUCUCUGAAAAUGAAACAUUAGCGAGUCGUGACGUCAUAGAGAAAAUCAAGGAUAAAUGUAAAUUCUUUCUUACAUUCCAUUCGUACGGCAACUACCUGAUUUAUCCAAAUGGAUACACUAAGGAUUUACCAGAAAAUUGGGAAGACCAGGAUGAAGUUGCAAAAGCAGGAGCAGAUGCAAUUGAACAAGCUACAGGCACAAAAUAUACAUACGGAUCUGUAUCAAACACAUUGUACAUUGCCAGCGGCUCAUCAACUGAUUAUGCAUAUGGUUCAGCUAAAAUUCCAAUUGCAAUUUGUAUGGAACUUCCAGGCGGUGGAUUUUUUGGCUUUGAUUUGCCUGCGAGUGAAAUUGAGAAAACUGUUAAAGAGUCAAUAAUCGGCGUUCAAGCUAUGGUGGAAACUGUUGCACGAAAAUAUCCAAACUGAAUGAUUAUUUUGCAGGAGAAAGUUUUUGUUUCGAAUUUUAAAUGUUCAUUCUGAAUAAUAUAAUAAACAGCAGAAUUUUACA